UGCUGGAGUGAAAACAAAACACUGAUGAAUUUCAGACACAUUUUCUGCUGAUUUGGAGUCAAAACAGUAAAAAUGUCGGAUUUAUUAGAAGCACAAACCCUCCAGGAGCGACUGGACCGUCUGCAGGAGCUGACAGAGUUCACUGAGAGCUGCAAAAAACAGCUAGACGGUUUAUUAGAGACGUUGGGAUGGUCGCUGGACGACAAGGACAGUAACCAGGAAGCGAUGGAGCAGUGUCCCUACGACCCUCACCACCAAGUCCCUGUGAGGAGCAUGGAGAAACACAAAGCUUUCUGUAGCCUCAGAAAGAUGGGCUACACAGCUGAGGAGCAGGAGGAGAUGGUCGACCCUUCGGUGUGUUACGAGAACAACAGCAUCAAAAGCUUUACAAUGGACAAACCCACGCAGCACCAAGUAAUCCUGCAGGCGAGAUCUGCUGCUCCGCUUAUGAGGAUGGAGGGAGUCUUCUGGCAAGGUCAGUACUCCGGCCAGCCCGUCGACGUGCCUCAGAGCCACAAGCGAACUGUGUGUGACCUCACUGUGGCCGACCGGUUAGCUCUGUACGAUCACGUGAUCGGCGUCUUCAGACAGAACGAAGCCGACUCCACCAGCAACGAUGAUCUCUACGUAGAUUUGGUGUCCAAACUACAGAAGGAUGAUCAACAAAAUGAGCCAAAGACUCACCUGGAGCUGAUGGCAGAGAUGAGGGACUACAAGAGACGGCGCCAGUCCUACCGAGCCAAGAACGUUCAUAUCACCAAGAAGUCUUACACUGAGGUGAUCAGAGAGGUGAUCAACGUCCACUCAGACGAGCUCUGCAAGCAGUGGAGAGAGGAGGGAGAGGAGGAGAAGGAGGAAGAGGAAGAGGAAGGAGAGAGAUCUGAACACUCGUCCCACAGACGUCGGCCGGAUGAAAGGCAGUCGGUGUCGUCGGAGUCCCGUCAGUCCCACAUCAGACGCCACCGCAGCCGGGAGCGAAGCCAUGAGAGAGAGAGCAAGAAGAAGAAAAAGAGGAGCAGGGAAUCCCGAUCACCAGACGGCGACCAUCACCACCACCACGAACGAAAGAAGAAGAAAAAGAAGAAGAAAGACGAGCGGGAGAAGGAGAAGUGAGAGCGUCGGAUCAGCAAUCGACGUGAAGUCAAAGGUCGUCGUGGCCUCUGCGUCAGGUGUCACUGAUUAUUUUAAGUUAACACACUCAGGGGAGGAAGGGAGGGAGGGGGGGGACAAACGGGGAAUAAAGUUUUAAAGAACCAAACACUGCAACAAUUUGAGGGUUUUUUUGUGCAUCAUGAACAACGUUUUGAAAUCUAACACCACUGCUUUUCAUUUCAGUGUCUUUACAGUGUAAUUACAGUGUUUGUCAGUCAUUAACAGACCCUCACACCCCCCCUCACCCCCCCUCAGGAUUGGCUCUGAGAGGUUUUCAACUCAAGACUACAAAGGAAUGUUGGACAGGAGUGUCAUAGCUGGCAGUUUUACCGUAAGGUUCAAAGG